AUGACGUCGUCAUCUGUGAGAGUCGUCACGUACAACGUGCUCGCUAACGUGUACGCCAAGAGCGCGUGGUUUCCCUGGACCGAGCGCGCGCUGAUGAAGGCGAAAUCGAGACUGACGAGGACGAGAGAAUACAUUCGAGAGCUCGACGCCGACGUGUUGUGUCUCCAAGAGCUCGACGGGUACGACGACGACGGAUCGGCGGUGACUUCGACGUCAUUGCCGUCGUGGCGUUCGUGGCUCGAGAGCGAAGGAUACGACUCUCGACACGUGCGAAGAACGAACACGAAGAAGGAUGGCUCGUGCGUCGCUUGGCGGCGCAACGCGUUCACUUGUGUCGAUCACAGGGCGGUUUCGUACAACGACAUCGCGCACGAGAUGUACUCGAAGAGUGACAAUGGCGAUGUCGAUGAUGAGCGUAGUGACGAGAGAGAGCGAUACCUUCGCGAUUGCGUGGCCAAUUUGACGGUUCUGAAGCGAAUGCGUGAUGGCGCCGAGGUGCUCGUGUGCUCGACACAUAUUUUUUGGGAUCCGCAGUACUCGGACGUCAAAGUACAGCAGGCAAAACGUUUGGUGGAAGAGUGCGAACGUUUCGUAGAUGAACGUGCGAGCGCCGGCUCUGACGUCCGCCCGCACGUCAUCAUCGGCGGAGAUUUUAACAGUGAGCCGGACAGCGACGUCUACCGCGUGAUGACCGCUACGUUUUCAUCCGCGUCGAGUGGUCGAGAACCUGCGUUUACGAAUGUGACACCGAGUUUCACGGCAUGCAUAGAUUAUAUUUUUGUGUCCGACGGUAUCACCGUGACACGUGUGAAAGAGCAGCCACGUCGUGAAACGUUGGGCGAAGGGCUGCCGAACGAGACCCAUCCAAGCGACCAUCUUCCCGUCGUCGUCGACGUCUCGUUCGAAUGA